AUGGGCAUGGAGCAGUGGUCAUUGGUGAAUCGGCUGAAACGUGCCGUGAAGAAGAUCACGUUUCUGCUGGAUUUCAAUAUUAACCGAUGGAAACUGGCGUCAUUGGUGGGGGCAUCAUCUAGCAAGAGACGGCUGAGCUUCGCCGAUAGGCCCGGGAUAAGGGCCUGUUUGGAUGACUCCGAAUCCGACGAUCCGGCACCCGGAUCCGCUAGGAGUCUGCAGCGGACUAUUAGCUAUCCCUCCGAAGAUGACGUCGAUACCAAAGCCGAUGCUUUUAUCGCUAACUUUUAUAAGCAACUCCAGAUUGAGAGGCAAAUCUCCUUAGAGCUCAACUAUUGUAGGGCUGAUAGCUUUACUUCUGCAAAAUCUCCCUCACCGUCGAUUAAUCUCAACAAAUCGUAA